AUGAUCUUGAAGCCCGCCUGCGUACCAGUUCUUCCAAACGAAGGACACGGCACAGAACCUCGCAACCUGAGCAUCGAAAAGAGCUUGUAUCAUGCCCUGCUUGCCCUCCGCCACCCGGCGGAACAAAACACAGUUUGGGCAGACGCUGUCUGUAUCAACGGGACAGAUGACAUUGAGAGAAGUAACCACGUUGCUUACAUGGGCCCCAUCUACUGGAAUGCAGCUCGUCUCGCGAUCUGGCUGGGAGAUGAUCCGAGAGGUCAUGCCAAGAUGGCCUUUGACGCCAUCAAGCCGAUCUCGGAAGGACAUUGGAAUAAGAAGGCAAGGAAAAAUCUCACUCGCACGGAUGUUGACACUUUUGACACCGCAUCAUGGAACGCUGUUGCCGAAUUGUAUGCGAAUUCGUGGUUUCGACAUGUCUGGGUACAACGAGAUCUCGGCCUCUCUCGAAAGCCCUUUUCUACUGGGGAACAACUGGCCCAAUCCGUAUAUUGGACGUGUUUGGUUUUGAUAUAUGGAUGGAUCGCAACAAUGACGCUGGCGACCGCAUCAAAGAUCUCUUCAUCAAAGACGCUACCGCUGUCAAGAACACGCGCAACCGAUCCUCGUGACCAUAUCUAUGGGUUUCUUGGACACCCUUCAUCCAGAAAGCGGCAUGCUUAUGGAGACUCUGGAAAUGAGGAUUACAUGGUCAACUACUGCGAGGAUACAAGCGAUCCUCCAAUAUUGGUGGCAGAUUAUACCAAGCCAGUCGACGAAGUUUUCCUCGAGGUACCUCAAAAACUACUACAGCGACACGAAGACCUUCGGCCGCUUGGGGCUGUAUUUCAUACUGAAGACUCCUUACGAUUCAACCUCUGGGUGUCCCUUUGGGACGGCGCUGGAGAACAUUUCUCCGCGAUCGGAGUUAUACCAAUGCAACAUGGCACAAAGAUUGGGUACUCGCACCAACCCAUGUGAGA